AUGUUUACAGCUCUCAACUACCUGGUGGUACUUGCUGCAUUCACAGGGGCAACAGGGGCGGCAUGGAAUCACACCGAUUACCUUCAUAGUCCCACAGCCGACGAGAUCCCCAAUCCCAAUGCAACCGGACUAUAUUGGGAGUAUGCAUUCGAUAAAGCAACCUCCUUUGUGUCCCAACUCACUCUCGAAGAGAAGGUGGGCUUGGUAUCCGGCACCGAGGGCCCCUGCGUGGGCAACCUCAUGCCCAUCCCUCGCUUGAACUUCACCGGACUGUGCAUCCAGAAUGGGCCGAUGUCACUCGAGCAAGGAGACCAUGUCUCAGUAUUCCCGGCCGGGAUAACAAUCGCCGCGACAUGGGAUAAAAACAUCGCUUACGAACGUGGGAACCAGCUUGCCGCAGAAUUCCGUGGCAAAGGAUCCCAGGUUAUCCUUGGGCCCGUUGCCGGCCCACUUGGCCGGACAGCUCUUGGUGGACGGAACUGGGAGGGAUUCUCGCCGGAUCCUUUCUUGACAGGAGAGCUUUUCACCGAAACCAUCGUGGGAACUCAAGAUGGCGGUGUUCAGGCCUGCGCCAAACAUUAUAUUGGCAAUGAGCAGGAGACUCAAAGACAACCAACUGAAAACGAGGAUGGCAAGACAAUCGAAAGUGUCUCAUCUAAUAUCGACGAUACUACCAUGCAUGAACUCUACCUUUGGCCUUUCCAACAAGCUGUAAAGGCCGGUGUGGCGACAGUGAUGUGCAGUUACAACCGUCUGAAUCAGACUUAUGGCUGCCAGAAUAGCAAGAUUCUCAACGGCAUCCUCAAAGGAGAACUCGGCUUCCAGGGCUAUGUGAUGUCCGACUGGGGAGCUACCCACAGCGGGGCAAAAGCCAUCAACUCAGGAGAAGAUAUGGACAUGCCCGGAACUCCCAGCUUCGGACCUGUCUAUUGGGGUCCGAAUCUCACAGAGUCAGUGAAGAAUGGAUCGGUUUCAACCAGCCGUCUAGAUGACAUGUGCCACCGAGUCAUGACACCGUACUUUUAUCUGAACCAGGACCAGGGAUUCCCGGGUGUUGACCCAAGCUCGAAAGAGCUUAAUGCACUUUUGUUCGAUGGCCCCGAGUUGUACGAGAACUACAACUAUGCAUAUGGCCCGGUUACAAACUUGGAUGUUCGUGGCAACCACGACGAGUUCAUUCGCAAAGCCGCUGCAGAGGGCACUGUACUUCUGAAGAACACCAACAAUACACUGCCAUUGAAAUCACCAAAGCAGGUCGCGGUGUUUGGUAACGAUGCGGGUGAUUUCACCAAUGGAAUGUCCACCUUCUAUUUUGACGGUGUCAAGAACUACGAGUACGGCGUGCUUGCAGCGGGCGGAGGCUCAGGUUCUGGCCUAUUUAGUUACAUCGUGAGCCCGUUGGAAGCUAUCAAGCAGCGUGUCGGAUUUAAGAAGAACCUGGUUCAGUAUAUCUUGAACAACACUGCUAUCAUCGAUGAGGAUAGUCCAAACAUGAAUGUUCUCCUGCCUUCACAGCCAGAUGUCUGUCUAGUCUUCCUCAAGAGCUGGGCUACGGAAUCGGAAGACCGCACCAUCAUUGCCCACGACUGGAAUGGAGACGAAGUUGUGACCAGAGUCGCAUCCGGAUGUCCCAACACUGUCGUGAUUACGCACUCCAAUGGAAUCAACGUGAUGCCAUGGGCAAACCACCCUAACGUUACCGCUAUCCUAGCUGCCCAUUUGCCCGGCCAAGAGGCUGGCAACAGCAUCGUCGAUGUGCUCUGGGGAGACGUGAAUCCUUCCGGUCACUUGCCCUAUACCAUCGCCAAGAAUGAGUCGGACUACUCCUUUGCCCCCAUAACCAACUCAACGGAGCUUACCAACACCGAGGAUCCGACAGCUUGGCAGUCGGACUUCAGGGAAGGAGAUUUAAUAGACUACCGGCACUUCGACUUCCACAACAAGUCUGUCCAAUAUGAGUUUGGCUACGGUCUUUCCUACACCACAUUCUCCAUGGAACGAAACAUGACCAUCACCCGCACCUUCCAAGACACCUUGUCCGCCGUUCCCCCGUCUGCGAACACCGUGCCUGGGGGUAAUCCUCACUUGUGGGACAACCUCUAUCAGAUCACCACAACCGUGAAGAACACCGGCCACACGGCCGGCGCUACGGUGCCACAGCUCUACUUGAGCAUUCCCAAGCUGUCUUCCACGUUCAAUAUCGAGGCAACUAGAGUCCUUCGUGGCUUCUACAAGGUUCACCUGCAACCUGGGGAGUCCAGAAAGGUCACCUUCAAAUUAACGAGAAGGGAUAUUAGUCGGUGGGAUGUCGUGAGGCAGAAGUGGGUUAUUCCUGAGGGAGAUUUCAAGUCUUGGGUCGGAUUCUCGAGUCGGGAUUUCCGUGCCAGUGGCUCGUUCACGCCGCUUUCUUAA